AUGAGCGAUCAGGAGAAACAAAAGACACUGUCAGAGACAUCGAUCACUGAGAAUGAGAACAUCAACUUAUAUCCAAUCAAUACAACAGAGCCAAAGACAUUCUGGGAGAAGUAUAGUCCUGCUCGCAUACCUUGCUUCAAGGACUCUCUCAUCUAUGGCAUAGGUUCAGGAGUCGGUGUUACGUUCUUUACAAGCAUAUUCACUUCGAAACCGCCAAUGAGAGCGGCAGACUUUGGCGUACUCACAUUCUUGUUGGUGUCUGGCUCAUAUUGGCCAAUAUGUAAUUAUAAUAAACAGGUACAAGAGAGAAGAGUAAGGAUGGUUAUGGAUGCUCAGAUUGCAGAGAUGAAUAGAAAGACACAAGAAUCAUUACAGGAGAAGCAACAGAGCAGUAGUAGUAAUAACAAUAAUGAUAAUAGUAAUUAA